AGACUUUUAGUGCUCAAAGUCGUUGUGAUAUUAAUUUUAUUCGGGUGUCAUGUAAAUUUGUAAAAAAGUGUUUGUGCUCCGUUGCCUUUGAAUAAAUUUCAUGUGCUCGCACGAUGUUGUCAUUGCCAGUGCUGCGACAGAAAUAGUAUGAAAAUUCUUCGGACGGUUGCGAGUUUUAUCUAUAUCUUCAUGCAUAUCAAUUAGACAGGAUAUUUUUGAAUAAGCUUUUUUACGAAUUUCCCGGAGUGUGAGUGUGGCGUAGUAAAUACUAUGCCAACGGACUUUUCACAAUUAUCUUCUCAAACAACUUCCCAGCUGAUUUCGAAGCCGCCAACAGUGGCGACGCUUACGCGGCCAAACUGGCGCACAACAAGAAUAACAGCGUGACACAAAUCCAACAUGAAAUCUGUGAGCAAUACAAAGGCGCGCAAGCCGGUCGCACCCGACGGCGGCUGGGGCUGGAUGGUGGUCCUAGGAUCGGCCAUGGUCACGCUAGCGACCAGAGCACUGGAGCCUUCAUUCGGUCUUCUAUUUGGUGAUCUACUAGAACGCCUUAACGUUGAGACAACGGGUGCUGCGAUCAUCAACAGCACUUUGGAUUCUAUCGUCAAUUUUUCUGGAAUAUUUGUUGGUCCACUUAUUCAGAGUUUUUCCUUCCGAAAAGUGUCUCUUGUGGGAUCUGCUCUCUAUGCUCUGGGACUGAUGGCAACGGCGCCGGCCGCCAGUAUGGGACACAUACUUACCACAUACAGUAUUAUUGGAGGACUAGGUGUUGGUUUAUCUUCAUCUGCCACUUUUGUAGCUUUAAAUCAUUACUUUCAAAAGAAACGAGGACAAGCUGUAGGAUUGUCGAUGGCUGGCGCGGCUGUUGGAAUGUUGGCUAUGCCACAGGCAGUGAGAUUACUUCUAGAAGCCUAUGGUUUUAGCGGAGCGCUUCUGAUUUUGGGUGGAGUAGCGCUUCACGCAGUUGUAGGGUCCGCUCUUUUGCAGCCUGUUAAAAGAUAUUUAAAAAUCGCUCCAGUAGACCCAGAAGCUAGAGCUCAGGAGAUGUGCACCAUCAGAGAAAGUGACGACGAAUCCUGCGAUCAGGCAUUAAGCCCCGGACAAGAUCUGAACAAACCGUUACAAUCUCCACUGUUGCCGCAUUCAGCUGAAUCACGAGGUCUGCGAAAUAUUCCAACGGCGAUUUCUAUAGCAGGAAAUGUGCCCCCUCGCCGCCGCAAAGCGUCCGUCAUGUCCAACUUGAGCGCGCACAUGGAUUUUACUGGAAGCUCACUGCACAUCACGUCCGAGGUGAACGAAAGCGAUGACGACGAUCAAGGAAUCCAAAUCAUGCGCCGAGUCUAUAGUCAUGCAGGCCACCUAACGACCAUGUCCAAAGAGCAGCCCUCCAUCAAACGAAAUAUGUCAGACCAGCGGCUACCGGUGAAUUAUUUCAACCCGAAAACGAUAACACGACCUGUGAUCACAAAACAGCCCACUAAACCACCACAAGAGUCGCUCAACCAGAUCACUGUCUGGCAGAAGGUCAUGUCAAUGAUGGAUCUUAAUCUGCUGAGAGAUGGGGUUUUUCUUAAUAUAUUGCUGGGACUAUCCUUGUUCUACGUCGCAGAGCAGAACUUCAAAAUGGUUACCCCGUUCUUUCUGCACAGCCUGGGUUACGAUAAGAAUGAUGUUGCCUAUUGCCUAUCUAUGACCGCUAUAUCUGAUAUAUUAGCGCGAGUUGCAUUGCCACCCAUAUUCGAUAAGCUGAACGUGUCCAGGCGACUUGUUUUCCUAAUUUCAUCCUUGGGACUAGGACUUAUCAGAACAAUUUUAGCAGAACAAACAGCUUGGAUUCCAAUCAUGGCCUGGUUAUCAGUAUCCGGGUUUUUCAGAGGUGCGGCUUUAAGCAACUUUACACUUACUAUAUCAGAGCAUUGUUCAUUGGAAAAGCUGCCUGCAGCUUUUGGACUACACAUGGUGGCUAAGGGUUUAUUUGUUGUAGCUUUGGGACCAUUAUUAGGUGUUAUUCGAGAUAUGACGGGCAGUUACCCAUGGUGUGUGCACUCGCAAACAUUUUUAAUAAUACUGUGUGGCAUGGCAUGGGCAAUGGAGUACAUCAUACUCUGCUGUAGAAGAAAUACGACUAAAGAAAUAGAUAUAAAAAACUAAUUAAUUCACUUUGUGAUAUCAGACUUAACUAUAGGACUUUAUAUGAAAACAUAUAUUAUGUAAUAUGACAUUGUUUUAAAUCAUUAUUUGGUUGUUGCCAAGAUUAUCAUGCAUCAAUCAUAUUUAUAUUUAUGUAUUGAAGUUGUAGAAGAAGAUUUGAAUG